AUGAGUUCGCGGUCUUCUGUCAAGCACUUCAGAUUGCUAUACAAUCUUUCAGCCAACACCCACGUCCCUCGAAUUGUAAUCACAAUGGCACUUGCAGCAGGUGUCCUAAAAAUAGUUGCACCUCAACCCGGAGCUAUUUAUCCCACCCACGUACUUCUUGCCAUGGUUCUACUGACCAUCACCGCAAGUAUCUACCUUGCACUCCGUCGUAAAACUGUAUACCUUGUUGACUACGCUUGCUUCCGGCCAAGUUUCAACCUAAGAUGCCCAAAGGCAACCUUCCUCGAGCAUGCACAUCUCUCAUCUUUGCUUGAUGAUUCUAGUGUCAACUUCAUAGGAAAUGUUCUCAAGCGCUCAGGAAUGAGCGAUGAGACAUGUGUCCCGCCUGUACUUCACUAUAUAGAGCCAUAUUGUGGGCUUUACGAAGCACGUGCCGAAGCAGAGUCGAUUGUCUUCUCGGUGACCGAUGAUCUUUUGGCCAAGACAUGGAUCAAUCGUGAUGCGAUCGGUGUUCUUAUCACCACCUCGAGUAUAUUUUGUCCGAUACCAUCUAUUGCUGACAUGAUUGUGAAUAGAUACAAGUUAAGAGGUGAUCUUCGUGUAAUGAACCUCUCAGGAAUGGCAUGCUCUGCAUCAGUGACGGCAGUGGGGCUCGCAAGCAAUAUGUUGCAGGUCAUGCCUUGGGGGUCGCAUGCAUUGAUAGUGUCAACAGAGACCACUGGGCCGUGCCACUAUCAAGGGAAUACACGCUCCAUGCAGUUGCCUAACAUCUUAUUCCGCACAGGUGGAGUGGCGAAGUUGUUGUCGACUUCUAGGUCAAAAGCUCGGUUUGAGCUUGCGCAUGUCACGCGGAUAAUCACUGCGGCAAACAACUCCGCGUACCGAUGUGCAUAUCAGGAGGAAGAUGAGAAGGGCAUCCUAGGGACACGUCUCACUAAAGACCUUAUGGUUGUUGCUGGAGACGCACUCAAGGACAAUCUCACUACAAGCGGGCCACUUGUACUGCCGACAGCAGAGCUUCUCAAGUUUUUUCUUUUUGACAUUGCUGGAAAGGUGCUCUAUUGGAGGAAGAUUAGACCAUACAUCCCCAACUUCUGUGUUGCAUUUGAACAUAUAUGCAUCCACGUAGGUGGACCUGCGGUUAUCAGCUCAAUACAGCGUGGCCUCAAUCUAUCAGACAAACACGUUGAACCGUCACGAAUGACACUAUAUCGCUUUGGAAACCAGUCGGCCGCAUCAGUGUGGUAUGAGUUGGCAUACAUCGACGCUAAAGGCCUAAUGAAGAAAGGCGACAGGGUGUGGAUGAUCGGAUUUGGUGCAGGGUACGAGUGCAACACCGCUAGUUGGGUGUGUAUACAACCAUCUUCCUGCGCGGAUGGACCCUGGGCUAACUGCAUCAAUUGCUACCCUGUGGAUAUCUCUAGAAAAGCUUAAAAUAAGAGGAUUUUAAGUGUCAUUUACUAUAAGCGGAGUGAGUAGUGUGAUAAAUAACAUGCACAUCUCUCCGACACAACAAUGAAGAGGUGGGGGUCCCGUUGGCGGGUGUA